GAGCUGCUCGGGCUGCGCGCGGAGCGGGCUCCGGAGGGAAGUCCCCAGACAAAGGGAAGCGCCGCCGCCGCCGCCGCCGCCCCGCUCGGUCUUCCACCUGUCCGCGACGCUCGCCGGGGCCGCGGCCGCCCGAGGGACUCUGAACAUGUCGGGGAUCGCCCUCAGCAGACUCGCCCAGGAGAGGAAAGCAUGGAGGAAAGACCACCCGUUUGGUUUCCUAGCUGUCCCAACAAAAAAUCCCGAUGGCACGAUGAACCUCAUGAACUGGGAGUGCGCCAUUCCUGGAAAGAAAAGGACUCCGUGGGAAGGAGGCUUGUUUAAACUGCGGAUGCUUUUCAAAGAUGAUUAUCCAUCUUCACCACCAAAAUGUAAAUUCGAACCACCGUUAUUUCACCCGAAUGUGUACCCCUCGGGGACAGUGUGCCUGUCCAUCUUAGAGGAGGACAAGGACUGGAGGCCAGCCAUCACAAUCAAACAGAUCCUAUUAGGAAUACAGGAACUUCUAAAUGAACCAAAUAUCCAAGAUCCAGCUCAAGCAGAGGCCUACACGAUUUACUGCCAAAACAGAGUGGAGUACGAGAAAAGGGUCCGAGCACAAGCCAAGAAGUUUGCGCCCUCAUAAGCAGCGACCUUGUGGCAUCCUCAAAAGGAAGGGAUUGGUUUGGCAAGAACUUGUUUACAACAUUUUUGCGAAUCUAAAGUUGCUCCGUACAAUGGCGAGUCACCUGAGGGGGUUGGGCGGGCGCCAUCUUCCAUUGCCGCCCUGGGUGCGCGGUCUCAAUUCGCUGAAUUGCCCGUUUCCAUACAGGGUCUCUUCCUUUGGUCUUUUGUAUUUUUGAUUGUUAUGUAAAACUCGCUUUUAUUUUAAUAUUGAUGUCAGUAUUUCAACUGCUGUAAAAUUAUAAACUUUUAUACUUGGGUAAGUCCCCCAGCAGCGAGUCCUCGCUCUGGGAUGCAGGCAUGCUUCUCACCGUGCAGAGCUGCACUUGGCCCCUGCUGGCUGUAUGGAAAUGCACCCUCCCUCCUGCCGCUCCUCUGUAGAACCUGGGCUGUGCUGCUUUUGAGCCUCAGACCCCAGGUCAGCAUCUCGGUUCUGCGCCACUUCCUUUGUGUUUAUAUGGCCUUUUGUCUGUGUUGCUGUUUAGAGUAAAUAAACUGU